AUGCUCUCCGGGCAGGCUCGCCGUGGUGUCAAUGCCACUCGAGCAUUGUCAUUGAGCCGCGGGCGCGCACAGUCACGUUUAACUCCUCCAAGAUUGACCGCUCUGUGUGUUUCUGAACGUCAAAUCGUCACAAGAUCACCAGGACACUGGCGCAUCGAGAGAUUUGAGCAUGGCGCACGGCGGUCACAGCACCGCGCUCUUGCAACAGCCGUCGACGACUUCAAAAUCGACAACUCCAUAUAUGGCAACUUUCCGGCACCGCAAAUGACACCAUAUCAACCAUCUAUUCGACCGUACAACCUAACGCCGUUCGAUCCAACCUCUCCCCUCACGAUACCCGAGCCGCCCACCACAGCCCCUGUCCAGACAAAAGUUAGUCCGCAUGGCAUUCCUGGAGAAGCAGACGACAUGCUUCUUGUCUUUGAUGCCUGCAUCAGAGUUGGGAAACUUGACCGCGCCGCCCUGGUAUUGAAGCGCAUGAAUGUUUACCAGACUCUCUCCCCUGAGGAGCGCAUUCUUCUGCACAAUCAAUAUCUGAGGGCCUCGCUGGUUCAGCUCAGAUCGAGUCCGGACCGCCGACGAGCCGAGCAGCUUCACAAGUUUUACGAAAUGAAUAUUCGCAACAAGGGCCUGCCGCAGACCGCCGAGACCGUUGCUUGCAUGCUCAAGGCGUCCAUCCUCUCCGAACGUGGCGCGCGACUUACUCGCCUCAUCACGCGCUACAUGGGAAUGGCACCGGGCGAAUCAGGCCUGCGUGUUCUCAGCAUGGCCGAGAUUUUGAGUGAUCAAGAUCUUGCUGUCAUCACUGCACAAUGCCCAACAUACAACUAUUCUGCGGAACCUGAUUUCGGGGAGGAUGACGGCCCCAGCAAUGACGACGCAUCGUUUUCCCCAGCGGAAGCGAUUGAAAUCUCCUCUUCAUCAAAUGCCGACGCUGUAGCCGAACUUGUGCCAACACCACAGCGAGGUGAAUCGUUGACUGCUCUGAAAGAAGGACUAAAAUUGGUUUCAAACCUUGACGACUUUGACGUGUCGAACCUCUCCAAGGACGACCUACACAGCCUACAGCUGCAACUCGAACGCGAUUCCAUAAGCGCCGCUGUCCACAAAUGGCGAAGCCAGAACAAGCAGCUGCAGAAAGUGGGAAUUACCACCGGCUUGACCGGAUCGAACAAAGAAGGCUCCUUGUCCAGCUACACAUCAUCAUGGCUUAGCGAUAUGGAGCUGCGCAUUAAAGAUGAGAUUGCUCAGGUUGAGAUAUCAGAGAACAAGGAAGUCAAGUCAGAGCGGGAUAUUGAACGAUGCAUUUUUGGCCCCUUCAUUCGACAAGCUGACCCUGCAAGGUUAGCCGCAGUGACCAUCCUCAGCACGCUUAACGCAGGUGCCCUUCUUGGGGUCGAUAAGGGCAUCGCGAUCCAGAGGGUCAUUAAUACCGUUGCUAAGCAAGCGCACGAAGAUAUCGAGCUUCAGAAAAAAGAGAAGAAGACAACCCGGCGUCGCAAGGUCACAUAUGACGCCUCCAAAGCAAAGCCUAGCGAGCUCAAUUCUGUAUCUCAGAUCACAGAAAGCCCAGAAGCUGCCAAGCGUAUCGAGGAGUCGGCGAGCCAGCCAUGGUCAACGCAAAUUAAGGCUCAGGUAGGAGCCUUUCUCAUCAAAGCUCUUAUUGACUCGGCAAAGGUCAAGGUCGUCACUCAACAUCCUACUUCCGGAGAGCUUGUCAGCCAAUAUCAGCCCGCUUUCACACACGCUCAGCAGCCCCGCAAAGGCAAAAAGGUUGGCAUGCUGAUAUUGCACAAUACCCUAAUUGAGCAGCUUAAGCGCGAGCCACUUGGCGAUUAUCUUGCCAAACACCUGCCGAUGAUCGUUGAGCCGAAGCCAUGGAAGAGCAUGAAUGAGGGUGGCUUCCUGGAAAGCAAAACCAGUGUCAUCCGAGUCCAGCCAGGCAACGUUGAACAGCGGCUCUAUGCUAAGGCUGCUGUGGAGUGUGGUGAUAUGAAACAAGUUUUCAAAGGCCUUGAUGUUCUUGGUCAGACAGCAUGGCAGAUCAACCGCGACGUGUUGAACGUCAUGAUGGAGGCAUGGAAUUCGGGCGAGGAAACUGCAAACAUGCCAGCUUUGGAACCGAAGUUCGAUAUUCCCGCCGAGCCUGACUCGACAGUUAAUCCCGCGCUGCACAAGAAAUGGAUUCGUGACAUCAAGAUCAUCGAAAAUGAGCGGUCUGGGCUGCACUCUCAGCGCUGCUACAUGAACCUGCAGCUGGAAAUUGCCCGAGCAUUCCGCAAUCAGACCAUCUACUUCCCUCACAACGUCGAUUACCGUGGCCGUGCGUACCCCAUGCCUACCUACCUGAACCAUAUGGGUGCCGACCACGCACGAGCUGUGCUCUCGUUUGCAAAGGGUAAGCCUCUUGGCGAGGCUGGUCUACGGUGGUUGAAGAUUCAUCUGGCCAACGUUUAUGGACUCGACAAAGCCAGCUUCGAAGAGCGGGAAGCAUUCGCAAACGAGAGUGCCAGUAACAUCAUUGAGUCUGCAACAAACCCACUCAACGGAAGCCGGUGGUGGCUUAAGGCUGAGGAUCCUUGGCAAUGCCUCGCCGCUUGCUUUGAGCUCAAGACGGCACUCGAGCUGAAGGACCCGACUACUUACAUUUCUCACCUUCCAAUUCAACAAGACGGAACUUGCAAUGGCCUACAGCACUAUGCAGCAUUGGGCGGUGAUACGUGGGGCGCUAAGCAAGUCAACCUUGAGCCUGGUGACCGCCCUGCUGAUGUCUAUUCAGCCGUCGCGGACCUUGUCAAGCAGGCUAUCGCUAAAGAUGCCGCGGCGAACAACAAAUUCGGCGUUGUGCUCAACGGCAAGAUCACCCGAAAGGUCGUGAAGCAGACGGUCAUGACGAACGUCUAUGGAGUCACGUUUGCUGGUGCCAAGAAGCAAGUCUGCAGGCAAGUCGAUGCGCUUUACCCUGACCUGGGCAAGCAAUGCGGUAUUCCCAACCUGAUGCUUUCGACGUAUAUCGCUCGACAUGUAUUCACUGCACUGGCAACCAUGUUCCGUGGUGCUCACGACAUUCAGUACUGGCUUGGUGAAAUUGGCGGGCGAGUUUGCAGAGCUCUGACGCCCGCUCAGCUGCAACACAUCGCUGACGAAUACUCAACCGCGUCUGCUGACACCAAGAAAGGGAAGGCAGCGAAGGCCUCAAAAGCAGGAAAACCAGGCUUCGAUGAGCUUACCAAACAAUUUCGCUCUACCCUGGUAUGGACGACCCCACUGCGCAUGCCCGUUGCACAACCGUACCGCAAGACGACUGCCAAGGAAAUUCGAACUUGCCUGCAGUCUCUCGCAUAUCAUUCCAGCGACUCUACGGACCCCGUCAACAGGAGAAAGCAGCUCCAGGGCUUCCCGCCAAACUUCAUUCACUCCCUAGACGCCAGCCACAUGCUGCUCUCGGCGCUCGAGUGCCACGACCGUGGUCUGGAUUUUGCAGCUGUCCAUGAUUCCUUCUGGACUCAUGCGGCCGACGUCAAUGUCAUGAACGAGGUUAUCCGUGAUUCAUUCAUCAAGAUCCACGAGGAAGAUGUCAUUGGCCGUUUAGCCGCAGAGUUUGAAACACGACACAAGGGGUCCCUGUUCCUGUCCAAUAUUGAUGCUUCGUCCCCUGUUGCCAAGAAAAUCAAGGCCCUCAGAAAGAAAAGCAAUCUUACUCCACGAGAAGAGCUUCUCUUGGAGCACAAGCGCAAUUCCCUGCGUCUGUCUGGUAACCCGUGGGAUCUGGAAGCGGCCAAACAAAUCAUCACGCCUGCUGCAGUGUACGAAGAAAUGGCUGGCGCGGAAACCGACAUAAGCAUUGCUGAAGAUAUUUCCGACAUUGGUCUCGGUGAAAUUUCCGCCGACGAUGCCGCCGCUGACGCCGACGAAAACAAAAGAGCACUUGCGGAGGAGAGUGCAGAUUCCCUUGACUCCGAGUCAGAGAGAUCUACUGCCCUUCUCAGUGAGAUAGAAGGCUCCGCAUUCAAAAAUGCGGCCUUGCGAGACCGGCCUGCAAAGGCCAAGACAUCUACCAAGAAGCGACAGCCAGUCCCCGUUUGGCUUCCGCUGACAAUUCCCAGCAUUCCCAAGAAGGGCGACUUUGAUGUCGGUCGCUUACGGGGAAGUCAGUACUUCUUUUCUUGA